UACUGAUCAUAAGUUGAACAUACAUAGAUCUAAGAGGGAUAUCCGGGGGAGCAAGUCGAGAGGAUUUUCACAUAGUUCCCAGUCUAAAUGUGCUACUGAAAUAGUCUGGAGCGAUGGAGUCUUCAGAGUUUUCCAUGCUGUCGUCCUUGAGGGGAGAGUUUAAAUCGGAAGAGUACAUCCAGCCCCACUACAAGGAGUCAUAUCGCCUGGCGAUUGAUCACUUGCUGAGUGGUGGCAGAGACAGUUACCAGGAGUUCCUCAAGGGAGAACGUAUCGGGAGCUUCCUGUCAGAGGAUGAGCUUCUCUUCAUCACUGAAAAUGCAGAACAGCUCACACCUCAAAACCAAACAGAGGAAAUCAAUGAUGCACCGGAUAACCAAUCAUCCUCAGGGACCUACUGGCCUGUCCACUCGGAUGUGGACACGCCAGAUUUGGACUUAGGGUGGCCGGAGGUCAUGAAUGAAAACCUACAGACAAAUAUAGAUCUGCUCUUUCAUCCACCAAGACAAAGCAACCCCACUAUCAAAGAGGUGAUCCGGAGGCAUAUUCAGGAUGCAAGACAGGUCGUUGCCAUUGUGAUGGACGUCUUCACUGAUGUCGAUAUAUUCAGAGAGAUUGUUGAUGCCUCGAUACGAGGGGUCCCAGUCUAUGUGCUUUUGGAUGAUUUCCAUUUGAAAAGUUUCCUCACAAUGGCUGAAAAUCAAGAUGUAAAAAUUCAACAACUCAGGAAUAUGAGGGUACGCACUGUGAAAGGUCAGGAUUACCUCUGUCAAUCAGGAGCUAAAUUUCAUGGGGCGAUGGAGCAGAAGUUUCUCUUAGUCGACUGCCACACAGCGAUUUAUGGCUCAUACAGCUUGACGUGGUCAUUUGAGAAGAUCAAUCUGAGCAUGGUGCAGGUCAUCAAAGGCCAUCUGGUGAAGUCGUACGAUGAGGAGUUUCGAACACUCUACGCCCGGUCGACUGUACCAGCUGAGCUUUGCCCCCCGGAGGGCUUGUUCCAACGCAACGCGCAACAUGGACGACAGGUUUUGCCAAAUUCUCAUUCUGCCCAGAAAAUCGACCGGAGGGACCAGUUGAGGCACACGCUGGACACGGUCUACCGCAAGACCUGUGAGAGGAAACUGGGCACGAGAGACCUCGAAGAGAGGCUCUUCGAAGAGGAACCUCACAACCUCGGGCCCUUGAUUGAGAAUGGGAUCAGUGUUCAGAACCAGUUGUCCCAUUUCCAGUCUGCAGAGGCGAUGAACUUCUACAAAAGGCACAGCUACGCGGGAGAGAGACAAGAGGGAAUCCCGCCCCAGAACAUGAGGCCCAGAGGGAGCAACUGGAAUAUCUCCAGAGACACGGGGAAUGGAACAAACAAGUAUGCCAUGGAUAAUUAUUUAAAAGUGCCACAGAUGCACAGAGGUCAAAACAUACGUCAGUCUUACAAUGGCAGUGACAAACAGGUUCUGUCCAUGCAGCAGAAUAUCCCAACGCUGGAGAAUACGUCCAAGGCGUUCAUGCGCACAUUGCGGAUCGAGUCUUACCUCAAACGCCCCGACAUCCCAUUCGGAGACUCUUCUGACUAUUUAGACCAGUUUGAAUCAAUGGACAAAGGUGGCUCCUACAUGCAGGGAAGAUUGAGGUCUUCCCUUGCUUUCAGGCCCAACAUGCCGGAGCAAAUGGAACCAAAUAGACACAUAAACAACAUUUCCCCCAGUGUUAGCUCCCCAGCAGCACAAAACAUCCCUUUGCACUACUCAUCGAUGCAGUGGAAUCCAACAGCAGCAGGUGAGAAUAGGAUAAAUAAUGAUGAGUUCAUGUUAAAGAGAAAAAGUUGGCAGAUUUUGGAUGACAAUCGUAACAAUGCAAGCUACGGCCCAGGGAGAAACUCUCACCACUCUGUAUAUACCAGCUACGGCAGAGCAACAGGUGGACAGAUGAUAACAAACCCUGACAUCCUAGCAGACAGUUGGCAGAAAAGGCAUAGUGUGGCAGAUCCAAGAUCAAACACUGACUACACACAUGAGUCCUCUGGUCAGAUGUAUGAUGCCCUUGCAAGGAUGCAGAUACAUAGAAGCGCAGCAGGGAUCCAUGCACAGAAUGGCGGAUAUGGGUUGAAUCUGAAUGAGGAUCAAAGGUCCGUCUCUCAUCAUGAUGUCAAGAGUAUCACAGGCUCAAAGGGUCCCAACUGGCAGGAGCCACCAUCCAGGACUGUGUCUGCAGCAGUGCUGGAUGUGAGAGGCAAGGAUUUGACAGCUAAAUCCAACAGGAUGGGCUCUCAGCAUUUUCUACAGAAGAAAAUAGUAUCAAACAUACCGGAGAAAAAAGGGGAUUCAUUUGGAACCGUGGAAACAUCGAGUCUCAAGUCAAGUGGGAGCACAGACACUAUAACGGCGGAGGAUGAGGAGAAAACAUCAGAUAGAAAACUUAACCAAAGCACAACUGAGUCAGUCAGGUCCUCCUCAGAGAACCAGAGGAAGUGGCUAAAGGACGACCAUCUAAACUCAAAACCUCGAUUCACAACUGAGGAGCAACGACCACAGGCUCCCCUCCCAAAAACAACCACGCCAAAGAAAUCUACCGGUCUCGACAGUAGCACGAGGUCUGGCCUCGAAGCAGGCAGCUGGGGCAAAAGUCGAGGAGCCGAGAAUCGCCUGUACAGCAGAUUCGAGCCUUUCUGCUCGAUUGAAAAGAAACAAUCUCCAUCUCCACACUCUCAGGAGAAAACCAAAAGCCUUACUAAAGGUGAGGCAGCUAAUGAACAUAACUUUACCCGGGCUACACGAGGUCACCAUGAAAAUAAGCUGGAGAAAUUCUUUCAAAGGGUGGGAAAUCUCAUACACAAGAACAAGUAGUGACACCUGCAUUAGCAGAACACAUAGUCUACAAUUAAGUAGUCAAUUAUUACAAAUGCACACUUGACUGGUAUUGUUUAUAUUUGUAUAGAUAACCUUUAUUUCUACUUACUACUUUAAAAGUAUGUUGUUUUUAUGUUUUUAGCAAACAUUGUUUACAUUUUGACCUCUGCUUCUUUUGUGCACUGACUAACACUGCUGAAAAGAGAAUACAAUAGAUUUUGUUUGAACACAUUCUGCAGAGCUUUACAACAAAAUCUUAAAAUACCACUUUCAAGGUGUCUUUGUGUCCGUCCUCCACUGGCGUCAACCGAGGCGACACAUUAAAUUACAGUCGCGUCAAAUUGUCAGAGAUGUAUACAGUUUACUGCUGCUAGUGCAGGCGUGCAUGCAUACCAAAGAGCUGUAGUUCAUAAUCAGGGAACUACUCUGUCUCAGUGUUGUCAGCAUGUCAAGGUAAAGAUGUUGCAUAUGCAAUCAGCAUGCAAGCUAACCACCACUCCACAUGAUGACAAACAUAACAAUGCGUCAUCACAACCUUGUCCUUUAUGUGCCACACAGAGGUUUUAUGAAUGCUAUGAGGGUUGCAAACAUUUGUUAAAAUGCACAACAUGUUUCUGUAAUAAAUUUUUGUACCAUUUUCAACUGAG